AUCCCCAAUUCUCAACCCUAAUUGAUCGGAGUUUGUCCAAAUCUCUGCCAUUUUUUUGCCAAAUCCGAAGCAUUCCUAUCUUCUCCGUUUUCUUCGCAGACUCGCAUCUCAGUUGUAGAUUGUACCUUAGGCUUUUUCUAUUCGUUUGUAUUUUUCAAGUUACUGAUUGAUGUAAUGCUCUGGUUCUCUCUAGCCAGGAUUUGUUGUUAUUGCAAUCGAUUUUGCCAAUUAAGCUAGUUUUAGGGCAAUUUUGCGUUCCCUUUUUUUUCCGAAUCCUGUAUUUGUAUAAUUCUUGAGAUGGAGAAUUCGCGUAGACCUUUCGAUAGAUCCAGAGAUCCAGGUCCGUUGAAGAAACCCAGGCUCAGCGAGGAAUUAAUCCGGCCUGUGAAUUCGAACGCACGGCAGUUUUCGUCGCAGAGAACGCUCGGUACAGCGGUGGCGGUACCACCGGCGUCGUCGAGGUUUCGAGUUGGCGGUGGCAGAGAAACGGAGAGCAGUAUCGCCAGUGAUCCGAGCCGGGAGGCGUACCAGCCACAGCCGGUUCAUCCACAUCACGAGCUCGUGAACCAGUAUAAGUCGGCACUAUCCGAGCUCACGUUCAACUCGAAGCCGAUAAUUACGAACCUUACGAUAAUUGCCGGAGAAAAUGUUCAUGCUGCUAAGGCCGUUGUAGCCACCAUUUGCAACAACAUCCUCGAGGUACCAAGUGAUCAGAAGCUGCCAACAUUGUACCUGUUGGACAGUAUUGUUAAGAACAUCGGAAGGGAUUACAUUAAGUACUUUGGUGCCAGGCUUCCUGAGGUAUUUGUUAAGGCUUACAGACAAGUUGACCCUCCUAUGCAUUCUAACAUGCGGCAUCUCUUUGGAACCUGGAAAGGAGUCUUUCAUCCGCAAACACUUCAGCUUAUUGAGAAAGAGCUUGGCUUCAAUGCUAGAAGUGAUGGCUCAGCAGCUGCUGUUGCCACAGGCAGAGCUGAUCCGCAAUCUCAGCGCCCACCACAUAGCAUCCAUGUGAAUCCCAAGUACCUAGAAAGGCAACGCCUUCAACAGCCGGGACGGCCAAAAGUGAUGGUUACUGAUGACCCUGAGAUCGCAUCCAGUUUGACUAGGGAUUCAGAUAGACUGGAGAGAGCUUCAAGCAUAGCAUCUGGAGGUUCAUGGGCAGGUCCAGCUAAAGUAAAUGCCAUUCGACGACCUCAGAGAGACUCACUUAGUGAACCCCUCUACGAGAAAGAUAUGGAGUCGAUAGCAGGGGAAUAUGAUUAUGCUUCUGAUCUGCCGCAUAAUUCUAGAUCAGUGAUCAAGAAAGUUGGUUCAAGGGUUACUGAUGACGGGUGCGAGAAACAAUGGUACGAAGCUAUGAGCAGGGGUCCUGAUCUGAUGUCUGACCAGAGGGAUGGGAUUCAUAACAAAAGCAGAAUUUCCAACUACGCUACUGCGAGACAAGAAAGUUCGGAAUCAAGUGGUCCCAGUAGAAAUAUAGGUGUGUCUUAUGAUAGUUGGAAAAACUCUGAGGAAGAAGAGUUUAUGUGGGACAUGCACUCAAGGUUAUCCGAAACCGAUGUUGCCACUAUCAACCCAAAGAAUGAGCUUCAGGCACCAGAUGAAUCAGAGAGAUUGGAAUCUGAAAAUCAUCUCUUUAAACGACCAAGGUUUCCAGCUCACGACACGAGGUUUGAUCCGGCUAGCUCGACAAAUUCAUAUUCCAGCGAGCAAAAAGAUCCAAGUGUUCUUGGCCGCUGGACGUCUUCUCCUCGGUCAUUGCAUGAUUCAGAAGUUUUUCCUUCCGUUGGUCUAACCUCUAAUGCAGCUAGAAAGGGAAGUCAGCCUCAGUCUAGGGUUGCCAGCUCUGGAAUUUUGCCAAACUCAGGAUCUGUGUCAGAUAGACAGUCGCCUUUACAUGAUUCAACUUCUAAACAGAAUGUGACCAAGCAAGAUGUUAGAAGAGCUCACUCCCUCCCUCAGCGUGAUCCUAGGGCUUCCCGGUUUCCAGCGAAAUCUCAAAGUAUCCCGAGGGAUGACUCUGUACGGGCCCUUUCUUCAAGUAGUCAGUUUAAAAACACAAAUACGCUUGAACUACCUGAUGCAUCUCAGGUGGAAAAGUUUGACUCUAAGUUGACAGCUGAAGAUGUUCGAGGCCUUACUACAGGACAACCCAACAUGAGUGAUUUGCUGCAAGCUGUUAUGAAGAGUGGAAUCCUUUCUAAUAAUUCAACAUGUAGUGCGAUCAAGGAAGAGAGUUCUCAAAAUGAGGUUAACCCAAGGGCACUAACCCUGUCAGCAGCCUCUAAGCCUAAGACUUUGUCACCACCAUUGCCAAUUUCAGUCUCCGGUGACAAUUUAUUAGCUCGUUUAAAAGUUGAACAAUCCUCCGCACCACUUAGUUCAUGUGCAGUGUCUCUUCCCGGUGUUACAUCUGCACAGACAUCAAAAGAGAAUAGUAAGGCCUCAGAUCCUAUUUCGUUCCUCUUGAGCUCGUUAGUUUCAAAGGGCUUGAUAUCUGCUUCAAAGACGGAGCUGCCUUCUCUGGUACAAUGUGCGCUUCCUUCCAUACAGGACCAGAGUCCUGAUCAUUCUGCCAGUAGCUCUAUCUCUCUAUCUGUAGUUCCAUCAGAUGCUCAGCCAUUGGCUUUGGUGAAGAAGGAUCCAUCCACUACCCCUAAGGUAGCACCAGCAGAAACAGUGAAACCGGAACCCGAAAAUCUCAUAGGAUUGAAGUUUAGGGCAGACAAAAUCCGUGAACUUCACCCCUCGGUGAUUAGUAGUCUCUUUGAUGAUUUUCCGCAUCUCUGCAUCUCCUGCGGCAUUCGCCUUAAAGAAAAGGAAGAACUUGACAGGCACAUGGAGCUGCACAAUAACAAGCUUGAGUUAAGUGACACAAACAGUAGGGGUUGGUUUCCAAAGGCUGAAGACUGGAUUGCAGCAAAAGAUGGAGAGCUAGAACCUGAAUUUGAGGAAGUUCUGAGUGAAACUGAGAGUGCUAUUGAGGACGGUCCAGCUGUAGCUGCUGAUGAGAACCAAUGCGCAUGUAUAUUAUGUGGAGAAUUAUUUGAGGACUAUUACAGUCAAGAAAUGGAUCAAUGGAUGUUCAAAGGAGCUUCUUACAUGACCAUUCCUCCAGCCAACAGUGAUGUCAAUGGGCCGAUUGUCCAUGCAGGUUGCUUGGCCAAGAGUUCGUUGCCGAGCUUGGAAGUCGGGAAUGCAAUCAAGCAGGAAAUUAUUGAGUAACCUCUAUAUGAGGGCCAAGAAUAUUACUAUGUUGGAGGUAGCAAUGGCAUCACAGGGGAAACAGGUUUGUGAUUCCGCUGAGUCCUCAUGAUGCUAGUUUUGUAGAAAAGUGUCAAGCUUUGAGAUGUGAGGAAAAAAGAUGUGCAGUAUUUUUCUUUUGAAAAAAUUUACCAUGUAUGCUUCGUCUCUCCUUUUUCAUCUUUUAUACAAAAUACACAAAAGAGCAAAGAGGCCUUCCCAGUAUUGCACGUUCCACAUAUUCUAUGCCUUUCUUUCGUGUGUCACAAAAGAAUAUGCGAGCACUUGGGUUUCUUAUGUACACAGAUUUGUCAGGUUACGUAUCAUGAGCAUCCAAAGCAAACCAUGACCAUAUCUGUACCUUAGCAAUUACUAUUUCUGUUGAAAGAUUGUUUUAUCAUCUCAAUUUGAGUGUAGCUGUGGCUAUCAUGUGAAUCUUCAUAUAAUUGAAGUUGCCUUUAUCA